AUUAUACUCCGCUCCGUACUCCGUACCAGAGCUAUAUAAGUCUGUAGAUAUUUAACAUUUUUACUGAAGAACGUUCUGGUACAUCCAGCAUCCAUGCUCGACUAUAUACGGAAUCUCAGCCCUACCCCAAAUGCAGUGAACACUCUCAUUGCCGUAUCAGGGGUACUCGCUCUCCUCUUCUACACCACCGUCAGGAGGUUCCUCCAUCUAUGCACAGUCCUAGACCACUGCCCCAAAGGAUGCCGAAAGCUCGGCCUUCCUCCGGGGCAGAGCAACUUGCAUGAUGAAUUCGACCCGAAAUACAGCCAGGGCGUUCCGGAAACAAGCACCGACAACCAAGGACGUCCCGCAUGGCGCGUGAAGGCGCUCUACGUGUACCCGAUUAAAAGCUGCGCAGGGGUUGAGCUGGAUACAGCCGACGGGGUCUCUACCGGACUCGCUCUGGACCGUCAGUUCUGUUUUGCAGAGGACACCACCACCACCACCGUCCCCCGUCGGAAGGAUUCUUGCCAAGUGCAGCAGCUUCAAGAGAAACAGCUAUCAAACUGGACCGCGCGAACGCUACGGGACCGCAACUUCAACCGCAUGGCUCUUAUCCGCCCCGAGAUCUGGCUCCCCGAUCCAACAGCAACGGACUACAGUCCGGACCUUGACGAAAUCAAAUCCCAGGGCGUCAUGGUCAUCUACUACCCGCGACUCGGCCGCAACCGAAUCCACUCUGCGCUCCUUCGCCUGGGGGUCUCCCUGCAUCUCCUCCCCGCAGAAGAAUCCUGCCGCGUUCCUCUGUUCCCACCGACACAUCGCAUCGCGACGUAUCCCACUGUCCCGGUGCAAAUCUGGAAAGACCGUCCUGUUUCCUACGACUACGCACAGCAUAUCCCGGACUCUCUCCGUCGGUAUCUGUCCCCGUUGACUCGGCUGUCUUCUUCUGAUCCUGCCCUUUCUUCUUCUUCUUCUUCUUCUUCUUCUUCUUUUCCUGCUCUCGCGCACAAAAAACACUCCCCCAGGGGUUGUUCACCUCUCACCCUCUUCCGCGUCAACCCAUCGCACCACCGUGAAAUCUUCCGGUGCGCCCCACGAAAAGCAUCUCUAGGCUUCCAGCCCCUCACCGGGUUCGCGGACGCAUAUCCCCUGCACAUCCUCAGUCUCUCGAGUGUGCAGGACGUCGCAUCCCGCUGCGCAGCCGACCUUCCGCGACUCUCGGUGCGUCGGUUCCGAGCGAAUAUCAUUAUCCAGGGUCCGCCGGCUUUUGCCGAGGAUGAUUGGAAGAGGAUAUUGAUUCGAUGUCCUUGUCCUCCUCCUCCUUCGGCUUCUUCGGCUUCUUCUUCGGCUUUGGAGACAGAAAGCGAUAAUGGAGGCCAAAGCAUCCAAAUACAUACCGUCUGCCGAACAAUCCGGUGUCGUCUUCCAAAUGUCGAUCCGGACACUGGCGUGCGGCAUCGUUGGGAACCGGACCGGACGCUGAAGAGGUAUCGCAGGAUUGAUCGGGGAGAUCCCACGAAUGCUUGUUUGGGGAUGCAGGGGGUUCCUGCGGUUCAAGAAUUCGUCAUUCGCGUGGGAGAUUCAGUGUCUGUUGUUGAAAGGGGGGAUCAUUGCUAUAUUAAGAUGCUGGCGCCGGGGGAGAAGAUCCCCAGUGUAUAAAAAAAAACACUUGAUUACU